GGUCUUUAACAGCAAGUAGCAUAACAGCAUAACAGGCUCAGCUGUUCAGACACCCCAGGGAUGUUCAUUCCACUGCCUGGGUGCCAGGAAAGAGAAGAGUAUUGAUGCAUGUCUUACUUGUACCUUGAGGGAUGCUGGGUUUAUUCGAGCAGUGUUAGAGGCUUGAAGGGAUAGUGGUGCAGAGUGGGGUGUGAUAAAUGUCUUCAAGUAGGUGGGUGCUGGUCCAUUUUUGUCUUUGUAAGUAAGCACACUUGUAUUAAAUCUGACGUAGGCAGCUACAGGAAGCCAAUGGAGGGGGAGUGCAACAGUUUGAUGAUGUGGGAGAACUUGCAGAUGCAUUCUGGAUCAGUUGCAAGAGUCAGAUGGCAUGCAGGGGCAGAUUUGCCAGGAGUAAGUUGCAGUGGUCCAGUCUCAAGAUGACAUGGGACUGAACAAGCACCUGAGUGGCCUUUAUGGAGAGAAACCUGAAGAGAAACCUGCAUGACCAAGCCAGGUUAGCAGUGUGAGCUGAGAAGGACAUUUGGUUGUCCAGAUCUACCCCAAGGUUUUGUGGGGUGUCAGACACCAUGAUAUGAUUUACCCAGGGAGAUUAAAAGAUCUUGCAGCUCCAGAAAUACACCACCAUCAGUGAUGAGAUGUUUUCCAGACAUGCUGAGUUCCAUCUGAGGGAGGAAAGAAGAGGAUGAGUUGAGUGUUGCCAGUAUUGGCCAAAAAAGGGUGAAGAAGGAACGGGAGCAUUGACAAGUGAAGAAAAUUAUGAAAAAAGAUACUGAGUUUGUAGAUGCAGAUGCUUCCUGCUUUUCCUUGUAGAAGGCUGUCUUAACAGUGGUCACACCAGAGGAGAACUCAGAGUCAAAUUGUGAUUUCCUCCACUUUAUCACAGCUGUUCCUAAUUCUGUCCUUUGGCUGCAGAGCACACUUGACAGCCAACGAGCAGGGUGAGAAGACUUCCUAGGUCUGAAUAUGGAGGGCAGAGGUGGUCAAUGGAUGAAUAAAGUGAGGAGAGGAAAAUAUUGGUGUCAAUCUCAGUCACUUCACGAGUCCUACUGGCAGUGUCAGGCAGUGCACCUGCUUCAGUGGCAGACUCAGGCUGUGCUCCUGUCCCACUGGCAGUCUCAGGUUGUACACUUGGCCCAUUGGCAGUCUCAGGCUGUGCUCCUGUCACACUGGCAGUUUCAAGUUGUGCUUUUGGCUCAUCGGCAGUCUCAGGCUGUGCUCCUGUCCCACUGGCAGUCUCCCCAGUGUCAGUCACUGCCUCUGUUCCUCUAGCAGUUCAGUAUUGGUCACUGAUUCCUAUUUUUCUUUCUUGAACUUGUUUCUGGGCAGUUUUCUGCCCUUCUUAAACUUCUUAAACAGCUCUGUGUUGUUUAGAAUGACAUCAAAUAUUUUAACAUUAUGUAAAAUGUUACAGAAAGUUAAAAACAAUGCAAAAAACUAUUAAACUGGUUCUAUUAAAUAUCCAGUCUGAAUGAAAAAAAAAAAGUGAAAUAUGAUUGUAGAAAAGAUGACCCAAAACCUACUGAUCCAUCUGAGAACUACUUGGAUGUGGCCUAAUAACAAGCACACUUGAUUGACAGCCAUCUGAAGGAAACUCCCAGUUUCCAACACCACUCAAGCAAAACAAUGGAAAAAAGAAUGGCAAAAUAGAAAAAGACACUUGUCACCAUUUUAUUUAAAUUAAUUUUUCAUGUACUUGCAUUGCAUCUUCCAUUAGGUAUCACUGCAAAUCAGAGACCGAAUGCAUGUCUGAGAGUGUAUAUAUAAGUCUUGAAGUAGGAAGUCACUAUAAUUCCUGUACACAUAUUUAGCUAACUAACCUAACAGCAUUUCAGAGCAACUUUUUAAAGCCAUAUUCAUAAAUGUUUAUAUUCCUCACUAAUGAGGUUUGCAUGUUGAGGUUUGUGUACAUAGUUGUAUGGGCUUAAUGUUAAAAAAGGGGGAUGUUUACCAGGCUAGUGAUUGAAAUAUUCUGUUGUUAUAUUAUGUUAGCCACCUAGCUAGCAGUCAGGAAUAUAAACAUUUAUAAAUAUGGCUUUAAAAAGUUGCUCUGAAAUGCUGCUUUAUUAUUUACAAGUGUGUUACAGAACUAAACAACAGCACUAAUGGUGAGAAUGUGGGUCUUUAUAUAUGGAAAACUACCAAGUUGUUAAGACUAUGUUAAUGCUUAUUAAUGUAAUGUACAUGCAUACUACAUCAUCCCGAGAUCAUUAGAUCAAGUUUUCUUCCUAUGAUUAUGGGAUCAUGCACGAAUACCAUAUACAGUAUGUGCACUCUAUAGGUAUACGAAUAACUGACUGUAGCCCAUCUGUUGCUAUGCACAGUUUGUCAGCCCCCUUAUCCCUACCCAUUAAAAGGGGCUACCAUAGGUCCACUACUGGCCAGAUAUUAUUUGUGUGAUGUACUAUUCUCAGCAAAAUGUCAAGAGAGAAAAUACACUAUAAGCAUUCUUAGUGGUUUAUAAGCCAAUUUUCCAGAACGUGACAUAUAUUUAUAGGAGAUUUAAUUCAUUUUCACAUUUUGCGUGACUGGAAAACACAUUGCAGGUUUCCCAGAACAUGAAUCACAGAUAAUCUCAGUGCUGAUUUGCCUACUUCCUCCAUUUUGUAGGUUUGCUUUUAGAAGAAGUCUUACACUGGAGGAAAAUUACACUGAACAAUUUUGAAGGUCAAAGCUUAUUAAUUCCCAGCGGAAAUGAUGCCAUCAGGGUCAUUUACACGCUCCUCCUCAGCACAUUAGACAACUAUCAGUGCUGCUUUUCCUGUAUCCUGAACUGUAGGCAUUCUCUGGUUGCACUCACAGAACAAAACUUUCCAGGACCUGAUUAUAAAGGGAAAAUGAUCCGAAGUUUGGGCAAAUCGUCGGCUUGGCGCUGCCACUCAGUUAUUGAAGUGAAAAGCAAAUUUGGUGCGGAGUUUAGGAGAUUUUCUCUGGAUCGCUAUGAGCCUGGCGUGUUUAAGGACUUUUGGCAGUUUAUCCUGAACCUACACCACCUGUUUCCCACAGAAAUCUACAUCAGCUAUGCAGAUGUACAUGGAGACUUACUGCCCAUAAAUAAUGAUAAUAAUUUCUGUAAAGCAGUGUCUACUGCACAGCCACUACUGCGCAUCUUCAUCCAGCUGCAAGAGGAAAUGGACCAGGUUAACGUUAGUACCGACUGUGUGACCAGGAGAAAGAAAUCCACCAUAGCAGCAUGUGCUGAUGUCAGUCGCAGAGGACAUGUUCAGAUUGGAGUGCCCCAGAACUUCCGUCCAGUCUCCUCCAUAAUUGAUGUUGACAUCUUGCCUGAAUGCCACAGAAGGGUUCGUCUGUACCACCAGGGCUCAAACAGGCCUCUGGGUUUCUACAUCCGUGAUGGAAUCACAUUCAGUGUAACUCCUCGUGGACUUGAGAAAGUUCCAGGAAUCUUCAUCUCACGAAUGGUUCCUGGUGGAUUGGCUGAGAGCUGUGGUCUUUUGGCCAUUAAUGACCAGAUCCUGGAGGUCAAUGGUAUCGAGGUGAUAGACAAGACCCUGGAUCAGGUUACAGACAUGAUGAUUGCUAACAGCCGCAACCUAGUCAUCACUGUGAAACCAGCAAACCAGAGCAAAAACAUAAGAAAUCCCAUAAUCUCCCCUAACCCAGAACUCCAGCUUGAUAGCGAGGGCUCUAUAAGCUACCCAGGACUUCCUAUGAUUAUGGGAGCCUAUGUUUCGACACGUAACGGCUCUGUGAGUGAUGAUGAUUCAGACAUGGUUGUGGAGAAAACUGUGAAACUCUCACCCCAGUGUUCCAGUGCUACAGUAGCCUCUCCAUCUUCUCAAACUAGCAUUCACAAUCGCCACAGAAAUGGCCAUCCCUACUCUCAAGAACUGUGCCGCUCACAGCCCUGCCUCAAUUACAUAGCUCAUCCUGGGUCCAGCAUUUCAUUGCAGAGAGAAAUGAGCUCACAGCAGCAUUACAAGAGCAACCCAGCAUUUAGACAGAGCACAUCUAGCACCUUUGACAUCUUGAGCACAUUGAGCCCAGAUCUGCGGCAGCGCCUCAUGAUACCUCAAGGGGCCAUGGAGGAGGAUGGAACUGUUAUUACUCUAUGAUGCUAACUUUCUUUAAAUCUGUACUGCUAAGGCACUUUAUGGUCACUUUUUUCCAAUUUUAUGAAAUAUAAACCACUGUAUUCUAUACAAUAUUUAACAACAGAGAUCACAUUAACUCUGGACAUCUAUUUUAAUUUCAUAGUAUAAUUGUAAAUACCAAUAUAAGUUCAUCUCAAUUAUUCCCAAUAAAUACUGUAUCUCCUAUAAUAGCCAGUCUUUGUCUUGAGGGUGUGUGUGCACACGUGCAUGUGCGUGUGUGUGCGCAUGCACGUUAUAAUUGCAGAGUAAGCGUGAUUUUAAAAAAAAAUUACAGGCCAUGUUUAUAUAGGUUAUAUGAAACUGCAUUAUGUUGAAUGCUGCAUAUUACA